UCAGGCUUUCCCGGCUCCCUCUGGAACCAUCCUCACUUGGUCACAAGUGCACAGAGGUGGGGGGCACUUUUGGAUGCCUGUGGGGCAUUUAUUGCCCUCAGAGGUGCUUAGAUAUGUGAAGCUGCUGUAGAAGAAUUCUUUGGAUGCUUGAGGAAUUUUUUUUUCUUCCAUUUUGUUUUUGUUUUUUUUUCCCUCUCCCCCCCAAGAAACAAUUCCUGGACACUGUGGAGAGCUGGUGGCCUUGUCAAGGUCGUGUUGAUCAUGGACAGUGAAGAAAUCCCAACUUUCUCGAGUCCAAAGGAGGAAACUGCAUAUUGGAAAGAGCUUUCCUUGAAGUACAAACAAAGCUUCCAGGAGGCUCGUGAAGAGCUGGCUGAAUUCCAGGAGGGAAGCAGAGAAUUAGAAGCAGAGUUGGAGGCACAGCUAGUGCAGGCUGAGCAGAGGAACAGAGAUUUGCAAGCAGAUAACCAAAGACUGAAGUAUGAAGUGGAAACAUUAAAGGAGAAGCUGGAGCACCAGUAUGCCCAGAGUUACAAGCAGGUGUCCCUGCUGGAGGAUGACCUGAGCCAGACCAGGGCCAUCAAGGACCAGCUGCACAAAUACGUGCGGGAGCUGGAGCAGGCCAACGAUGACCUGGAGCGUGCAAAGAGGGCAACAAUAGUUUCAUUGGAAGACUUUGAACAGAGGCUGAACCAAGCUAUUGAGAGAAAUGCAUUUUUAGAAAGUGAACUGGAUGACAAGGAGUCAUUGCUGGUUUCUGUACAAAGAUUAAAGGAUGAAGCAAGAGACUUGAGGCAAGAGCUGGCAGUGAGGGAAAGGCAGCAAGAGGUGACCCGAAAAUCAGCUCCCAGCUCUCCCACUCUGGACUGUGAGAAGAUGGAUUCAGCUGUCCAGGCCUCUCUCUCCUUGCCAGCCACACCUGUUGGAAAAGGAUCAGAAAAUAGUUUUCCUUCCCCCAAAGCUAUACCAAAUGGGUUUGGUACCAGCCCACUUACUCCUUCAGCCAGAAUAUCUGCACUCAACAUUGUGGGAGAUCUGCUACGGAAAGUGGGGGCCUUAGAAUCCAAAUUAGCUGCUUGCAGGAACUUUGCAAAGGACCAGGCGUCACGGAAAUCCUACAUUUCAGGGAACGUCAACAGCGCCCUGAUGAGCAGCAACAGCACCAAGUACCCACACCCAGGGCACACCUCCUUCUUCGACAAAGGGGCAGUGAACGGCUUUGACCAAGGGCCCCCCGGGCUGGGAGCCUCCCGACCGUCCUCGGCGCCGGGGAUGCUCCCCCUGAGCGUAUGAGCCGCGGGGGGAGCGCUUGGACUUGUGUUUGCUUUUCUCAGCCCAGCAAGAGAAGAACUGCUCCCGAUUCCUCCCCCUUCCCACCCCGCUGGAACAUGACCCCGAGAGGAGACCCCGAGCUCACGGCCCUCCCCGUCCCGUCAAUACAGUUUGUUUUCUCUGUCGCUGUAGUGGACGUUCUGUGCCCCACGAGCUGCCACUCCCAGGGCUGUGUUUGGGGGCGCACACGAGUCCUGUUCCCCAGCCCUCGGCCCUUUGCUUCCUCUCUGCUCUGACUCGAGCACGGGCCACUCCUCGUCCAGGCUCCCCCGUCCCUGCAGCUCUGCCCUCCCGGGAAGGCUCAGACCCCUGGAAAGAGGCCCUGGGGAGGGGGGGCGAUGGCACUUGGGGCAUUGGCACCUGGGAAGUGGCUCCAGGGGGUGUCUCAGUCCUGGCUGCCCCAGUGACUGUGUUGGAGCCGGCAGGGCUGGAGGAGCCCAUCCCGGUGGCACAGGUGGGCACACACAGCAGGGCCGGGCUCCUCGGGGGCAGGGAGGUGGCACACAGGGGUGACUGUCACGAGCUCCCCCAGAUGCCCUGGGGGGAGCUGGCAGGGCUGAGCUGUUCUCCUGCAGCUCCUGCCCCUGGGCAGGGCCGUGUCCGGGUGCUGUGCCCUCAGGUGUCCCCACUGGCCCGGCCUUCCCCCCUCACAGCUCCACAGCAGCUCCAGGAGAGCAUUAGGGAGCCCUUGCUCCAGCUGCCCCACUGCCCAUGAACCCCCCAGACCCUGUGACCAUCACCCCCUGCUCUGCCCCGUGUAGGACCAGAGUGUCCAGUGUCCCCUGCAGGUUCUGUGACACCGUUGGGCGACUGGGGGACCUUGUGGGUACUUGAAGCAACACAUUUGUGGGAUUUCUGUCCAUGUGCCUCGGGGUCGGUGGGUUUUCAGCCUGAACCAGCAAAGGGAGCCGGGGUGGAACUGGGGGUGCUGAACACCCUGUUCUGGGCUGGUCCAGCACGUUCAGGGGCUCUGCAGCUCCCAGGGGGUUUAGUUCCGAGCGCUGAUUAAAACCACUGGCCCCGCAGUGGAGGUGGGAUGUGCCCCUUUGCCCUUAGGGUUUGUAUGGUCCUUCCUUCCUGUGCAUCCUCUGCUGCAUUUGACUGUUUACAUUUGUUUUAUUGUACAUAGAUUUGUAAACAUAAUAUCUUUGCCUGAGGUCUUUGUACAUAACUUGGGCUUUGUAGCUUUAUUUAUUCAGCCUCUCUCUGGCAUGUUUCUGUAGGAUGUACCGUUCCACCCUGGUGCCACAGCCAUGAUGUGGUUUCGAAAAAAUGAAAACAAAUGAGAGUAAUCUUCCAAAAAUAAAGUUCUUUUAAUGUGGAAUCAGUGGAUUUUGCA